AUGUCGUCAGCAGCAGUCUCAACCCCGUACACCUCCGCCGCCGAGGGCUCUGCCAAGCGGCGGUCCAUCUUCAAACCCUCUACAUGGAAGAAGAGCAACCGCGAGCAGGCGCACGAUGCACUGGAGCACGCCGGCGCCGACGCACCCAAGGGAACCAACGAGACGGGACUCAACACCAUCGACGGUGUCGAGACGGGUGCGCCGCUCACCAGCCUCGUGGGCGGUGAGGCUGCUGCUGCAGGAUCGAGUUCCCAGCCGCAACCGUCGGGCGCACCCCCUGCUGGAUCGCAAGCGAACCAAGCAGAGCCCUCGCAAUCUCCAUCGCAGCCAUCGCAAGCACAACCUCCAAGUCCACCGAAGGAAGUCGGCUCCGGUAUUCCCCACACCCUCGACGCCCAAGGUCGAAUCGCCUUUUUCCGCCAAGACCAGCCCAACUACCACCUGUCCAACUCCUCCCCCGCCUACCCACUGCACUACAACGGCAUCCGCUACGCGACCGCAGAACACCUGUUCCAAUCCCUCAAGUUCCCCGAUCGCCCAGAUCUAGCAGCCAAAGUUCGACGAGCCAAGACGCCCUCGGAUGCUAUGCGAAUCGCCCGCUCCCACACAUCCCAUUAUCCGGCUGGAUGGUUCAACGAAGGCCUGAACGUCAAAGUGAUGCACGAUGUGGUGCUGGUCAAGUUCUCCCAGUGGGGCAAACUGCGCGAAGCCCUGUUGGAAACCGAAGAGCGCGUGCUGGUGAAUGAUUCCCCCACCGACGUCUUUUGGGGCGACAGCGCGGGGAGGGGUCGAAACGUGCUCGGGAAGGUGCUGAUGGAUGUGCGCGAGGUGCUGCGCGAGAAUUCCGGUGUGAGGUACGGGAGCGGGGCAAAGACUAUGUAA